CAUUACAUGCUGUCAUAAACAGCUGUUGAUAUCUAGUUGUGCUGCUAGUUGUGAAAAAAGUGCUCAGCUACCUUUAAAUUCAAUUCCUACUUCGACUGCAAAUUUGGCAAAUUCGCAAUGGUUUUCCGUACUUUAGUUGUGCAGGGAGCAAAACGGGUUCCUUUGAUUAAGUUUCGAAAAGGAGGUUACCCGGGUAUGACAGCUGGCGGUGACUCCGGAUCGAAUCAGGCGAGUUCAUAUCAACAAUCUCCUUAUAUGGUGGACGUUAAAAAUCACUCUCCGAAUGCAAUUGAAGAUUGGGAAUUGCCUCCACGAUAUUGGCGCAAACCUAUCAGUGUAGAUGAGAUGGAAUAUAUUAACCGCGGAGGGCCAGCUUAGGUGUACUUGCACCAACAUGUCAAAUAAAAAUAAAGAUUUUAGUCUGCUAAACGAUGUUUAAACAUGCCGUUAUUAUAACAUUAACUUGUGUUAUGCAAUAAAUCUGAGAAUAUUAAAUAUUUACAACUAGCA